CGUGGCAGUGGCGCCGCGGCGCGCGAGGUGGCGCAGGCGUGAAGUUGCGCAGGCGCGGAGCCCCUCCCCUGGGACCCUCGGGCCGGGCGGUUUGGCCUCUCAGCGCCCGGGCGUCCGGGCGGGAGAAGGCCGGCAGGAGGGCGGCACUGCGGAAAUGUCUUUCCUCCAGGACCCAAGUUUCUUCACCAUGGGGAUGUGGUCCAUCGGUGCGGGAGCCCUGGGGGCUGCUGCCUUGGCAUUGCUGUUGGCCAACACAGACGUGUUUCUGUCCAAGCCCCAGAAAGCAGCACUGGAGUACCUGGAGGAUAUUGACCUGAAGACACUGGAGAACGAACCAAGGACUUUGAAAGCAAAGGAGCUAUGGGAAAAAAAUGGCGCUGUGAUUAUGGCUGUGCGGAGGCCAGGCUGUUUCCUCUGUCGAGAGGAAGCUGCAGAUCUGUCCUCCCUGAAACCCAAGUUGGACGAGCUUGGCGUCCCCCUCUAUGCAGUGGUAAAGGAGCACAUCAAGACUGAAGUGAAGGAUUUCCAGCCUUAUUUCAAAGGAGAAGUCUUCCUGGAUGAAAAGAAAAAGUUCUAUGGUCCACAAAGGCGGAAAAUGAUGUUUAUGGGAUUUAUCCGUCUGGGAGUGUGGUACAACUUCUUCCGAGCCUGGAAUGGAGGCUUCUCUGGAAACCUGGAAGGAGAAGGCUUCGUCCUCGGAGGAGUUUUUGUGGUAGGAUCAGGAAAGCAGGGCAUUCUUCUCGAGCACCGGGAAAAAGAAUUUGGAGACAAAGUAAACCUACUUUCUGUUCUGGAAGCUGCUAAGAUGAUCAAACCACAGACUUUGGCCUCAGAGCAAAAAUGAUUGUGUGAAACUGCCCAGCUCAGGGAUAACCAUGGGCAUUCACCUGUGUUUCCACUUGUGUCCCUCAGGAGUGAGAAACCCCACUUAUACUCUAUUCUUAGUAUGGCUAAUUAAUGUAUUUUAAUUCCCUAUUUAGGCCCAGUAAGGCAAAAUAGCCCCAAAACAAAACUGACAGAAAUCUAAAAAAGUAAUGAGAAUUAUUAAGCUAAAACCUGGAAAAUACAAAACUUAAAAUUGACUGCUGGGCUGGGUGUGGUGGCUCACGCCUGUAAUUCUAGCACUUUGGGAGGCCGAGGUGGGCAGGUCACUUGAGAUCAGGAGUUCAAGACCAGCUUGGGCAACUUGGCGAAACCCUGUCUCUACUAAAAAUAAAAAACCAGGCGUGGUGGCAUGUACCUGUAGUCCCAGCUACUCGGGAGGCUGAGGUAGAAGAAUCACUUGAACCUGGGAGCUAGAGGUUGCAGUGAGCCAAUAUCAGGCCACUGCACUCCAGCCUGGGUGACUGAGACUCCAUCUGAAAAAAAAAAAAAAAAAAAAAAUUGCUGUGCCUGAUUACAAAUGUGUAUGGUGUUUGAAUGCUGGUGUUUGAAAUUAUUUUUAUUUUCGGGUCUUCAAAAACCUAAGAAAAGUGAUGAUUGACUUGAAGAUUACAGAAUUUAAAAGGUUUUUUGGCUUCUGUGUUUUCUAUUAAUAAUUUGAUUCAUAAUGUCAAAGUAAUACUUUCAUAAUAGAAUUGGCAUGCUCUGGGAUAGUUUGACAAAGGUAAAUUAUAAAUUUGAAUCUCUUAUUUCAUUGUCUUCCAUUCUAACCUCAGAGAUUUGUUUCUCUAGAAGAAAUGACCAUCUCUGGCUUUAAUAAAAUUAUGCAUCAGAAAUCA